AUGCAACCAAUCAACCACUUACCCGGACAGACCAAACAACCAACCAGUGAACCAUCGACCCAAACAACCGACAGACCAACCAAUCAACCAUUUACCCAAUCAAGAGUCCAAUCAACCACCCACCAUCAAGAGCCCAAUCAACCACCCAUCCCAACCCAACAACCAUACCCAAUCAAGAGCCCAAUCAACCAUUUACCCAAUCAAGAGCCCAAUCAACCAUACCAAAGAGCCCAAUCCCAAUCAAGAGCCCAAUCAACCACCAUCCAAUCAAGAGCCCAAUCAACCACCAAUCAAGAGCCCAAUCACCCAAUCAAGAGCCCAAUCAAACCCAUCAAGAAUCCAAUCAACCACCCACCCAAUCAAGAGUCCAAUCAACCACCCACCCAAUCAAGAGUCCAAUCAACCACCCACCCAAUCAAGAGCCCAAUCACCCAACAAAACAACCCAAACAAGCAAGCAAGCAAGCAAGCACAGGCUCCCCAGCGCCGCACCUGUUCAAGUUCAGCUCAUGAGUUGCUCCGGAGAAUUCUCAUAUCCUCAUGUUGUCGAGAUCAUGAGGUUUACGACCUUCUUGUGGAGGAAUUAUGGUGCUACAGGUGGUGUUAUGGUGUUAUAAGGGGAUUUAGGGUGUUGCAAGUGAACUUAGGGGAAAUUAUGGUGCUGAAAAAGGAGAAUGACAAGAGGAAGAAGAUUAGGAAGAUAAGCAGGAUGAAUAAUAAGGAUGAGGAAGAUAAAGAAUAUGAGGGCAAUGAGAAAUAUGAGAAAUAUAAGGAGGUUGACGAAGAUGAGAGAGGAAGAUCUCCCUCACAGACUGAAGAAUGA